UAUUAUAUUCUGACCAAACAUAUAAUCAUACAGAAGACAGCAUUGUAUUCUGCUUCCCAUGGAAACCCCAAAACAUUCGUUGAACACAAUUCAAAAUUUCAAAUUUGGGACUCCUGCAAAAUCCAUGGAGACCAAUUCGGUCUCCAAGGUUAGGGUUAUAGUCCGGGUGCGUCCUUUUCUCCCUCAAGAAAUCCUUUCAAAAGAUGGGAACCUGAAAUCUUGCAUUUCGGUUCUUGAUCAGAAUUUCGGGCCUUGCGAUGAAGUUGCUGUUCAUCUCUCUGAUCCCCACACCAGUCGAAAUGAGUGCUAUCGAGUGGACUCCUUUUUUGACCAGAAAGAUGACAAUGUUAGCCAGAUAUUCUCCAGGGAAGUGGAUCCUUUGAUUCCUGGGAUUUUUCAUGGCUGCAAUGCCACUGUCUUUGCUUAUGGCGCUACUGGAAGUGGUAAAACCUAUACCAUGCAGGGAACAGAUGAGCUACCAGGCCUAAUGCCGCUGGUAAUGUCUGCUGUUCUGUCUCUGUGCAAGAAGAUGGGGAGCACAGCAGAAAUUUCAUACUACGAGGUAUAUAUGGACAGAUGUUAUGAUCUGCUAGAAGUCAAAGCCAAGGAAAUUGUGAUUAGAGAUGACAAAGAUGGACAAAUUCAUCUUAGUGGGCUAUCUCGUGUCCCUGUUCUUUCAAUGUCUGAGUUCAAUGAGGUCUUCUCCUGUGCUGUUCAGAGGCGAAAAGUUGCACAUACAGGUCUUAAUGAUGUUUCCAGUAGGAGCCAUGGAGUGCUUGUUAUAUCUGUUUCCUCUCUUACUGGUGAUGCUUCUGGGGCUGUUGUUACUGGGAAAAUCAAUCUCAUUGACCUAGCAGGUAACGAAGAUAACAGAAGGACCUGCAAUGAGGGAAUUCGUCUUCAAGAAAGUUCGAAGAUCAAUCAGUCCUUGUUUGCAUUGUCCAAUGUCAUUUAUGCAUUGAAUAACAACAAGCCCCGAGUACCCUACAGAGAAAGCAAACUGACACGUAUCUUGCAGGACUCUCUGGGAGGAACAAGUUGUGCAUUGAUGGUUGCUUGUCUGUUAUCCAACAGUGAAGUUAAUACUAUGGAUUCUCAGUUGGAGGGCCUGCACCUUGCUGCUGAUAAUCAUAUAGAAGAGACGAAUGCUGAUACCAAAGAUCUCGGAUUGGAGUCAGCUACGCAUUUACGAGGUCACUCAGCAGGUGUUCAGAAGAUGGAGUUCACUGACUCUACUAACUCUGCUGGAUCCCUGAAAGAAAGGGAAAAUGCACUAGAAAGCCCUCAGAGAAAAGCUCUUUCCCCAGUUAAUUCCAAUGUAAAUCCACAACCCCUUGAACAACUAUCAUCUCCCAAAACACCCUUUCUUUCUAGCUUGGGAAAGAACAAUUCACAAACCACGGUCACCCCUGUUGAUAAUAAAUUCUGUACAUGGAGUAAUAGUUUGAAGAAUUGUGUUGUACAAGAAUAUAUCCAUUUCCUAAAUACAGCCAGCAAAGAAGAGCUCGUGGAGCUAAAGGGAAUUGGGUGGAAAAUGGCAGAGAGUAUAUGUGAAGUGAGGGAAACAAGUCCCAUAAAAAAGCUAAAGGACUUGGAGAAAAUAGGCCUCUCAUGGAAGCAGGUGCAUAACAUGUUCGGCAAAGCGGCUAGAGGAAUAUUUGACACAGCACAACCCAGCAAGGAGUAUUUAGUACUUUAAGCUCGUCUUUAAAAGACGAAAAAUUUGUGUAAUUUUAAGAUUC